CGCCCAUUCUCUGGUCGCAAGCUUUCCACGGUUCAUCAUCAGAAUUCUGCGAAUGGAUAAUGUAACCGUUUAGCUCUCUCUCUUCCCCCACUCUCUCUACAGUCUACACUUCCAUUAAAUCAAUCUUACGGCCAUGAGCUUGGCUUCCGUUUCCUGCUCGCCGCCACCGUGCUUCCGCUACGGAGCUUACAUCUUCUCCUUUUCCUCUUCUUCUUCUUCCUCACCUCUCUGUUUGUAUUUCCCGCGUGGUGACUCUACUACUUCCCUCAGGCCUCGAGUUCGCGCCUUGCGAACGGAAUCUGACGGCGCUAGGAUCGGUAACACGGAGUCGUACGGCUCGGACUUGCUUCGUCGGCCGCGUAUUUUGUCGGGGGAAACCUCCGAAGAGGAGGAGGAGGAUGAUGAGAACGGCGAGGGUGAUGAGUUCGUCGAUUGGGAAGAUAAGAUACUUGAGGUUACCGUUCCUCUUGUUGGAUUCGUCAGAAUGAUUCUUCAUUCCGGGAAAUAUGCAAACCGAGAUAGGCUAAGCCCCGAGCACGAGAGAAUGAUUGUUGAGAUGCUGCUACCUUAUCACCCUGAGUUUGAGAAGAAGAUCGGAUGUGGGAUAGACUAUAUCAUGGUUGGGCAUCACCCAGAUUUUGAGAGCUCUCGAUGUAUGUUCAUAGUUCGAAGAGAUGGAGAAGUAGUUGACUUCUCGUAUUGGAAAUGCAUAAAAGGUUUGAUAAAAAAGAAGUAUCCGCUGUAUGCAGACAGUUUUAUCCUCAGACAUUUUCGCAAACGUAGGCAGAACAGAUGAAUGAAGCCUUGUGUAGAUUCUCAAACUCAAAACGCUCAUAGACUCGGAUCCUCAUCAUCUCCCAACUCUACAUCCUACAAGGUUUUGGAAUGAGAAGUCAGACACAGAAGAUCCCAGUCACUAUUUUUCUUUGAGUUGGAAUUAUGAAUGGAACUUUCUUGAAAAUAUGGUUUCUGCAGGAGAUAUGAGAGCAUUAGAACCAUCAGAAGUUUUAAUAUGUUCAUUAUCUAAAAUCUUUAGCAUUUAUAUGAUGAAAUCUUUUACACUGAAAUUAUGUGCAGAGGUAGAGAAACAGUACACUUGAUUGUUGUGUGCAGUGCAGGGCUUGAAUAUUCAGAUGCAAUGUUUUAAAGUUUUAUAA